CAUUGUUCACUUUACAAAACGAAAAUUGAGAAUUGAGAUGAUGGAAACUUCAAAAAGCCUCUUAUUCCUUUGCGUCAUUCACUUAUUCAUGGUUUCUACCACUAUUUCCCAACAGGAGUUCAUUGCACACUCAUGUUCAAACAUCGGCAACUACAGCAGAAACAGCUUCUUCAAGCGAAAUCUUGACACCCUACUUUCCUCCAUCCUCUCCAACUCCCAAAUAGAUUACGGGUUUUACAAUUUCUCAGCCGGACAGCAACCCGACAAGGUCAACGCUAUCGCCCUUUGCCGAGGCGACUGGACUGUGGAGCAAUGCAAGAACUGCUUAAAUGACUCCGCUCUAAAGAUUGUACAGACUUGUCCCAACCAGAAGGAGGCUAUCGGAUGGUACAACGAUUGUAUGCUUCGUUACUCAAACGAUUCAAUAUUUGGAGUUGCAAACGUUCAAGUGCUUUCCAGAGAUUUCAACACUGGGAAUUCAUCGAAUGUUGAUGGGUUCAGCCAAGCACUGAGGAAUCUGUUAGCAAGACUGCAAAAUCAAGCUUCGUCUGGAAGUUCUACACUGAAAUUCGCAGUGGGAGACACCGAAGGACCGAGCAUAGAAGAGAAUAGGAUAUAUGGACUUGUCCAGUGUACUCCGGAUCUGUCCUUUAUGGAUUGCACUAAUUGCUUUGGACAGCUUAAUAGAAAUAUUCCGACUGGGAAAAUAGGAGCGAGAAUAUUUGCGGUAAGUUGUUUUCUGAGAUAUGAGAUCUAUCUUUUCUACACCCCUCCUCCGCCCCUGCCACCUCCCUCGCCACCGCCAUCCCCACCUCCACCUCUGCCGCCGACUCUGCCUCCGGCACCAGGAAAUAAUAGCAAUAAUAGAACAGUUAUAAUCGUUAUGGUGUCCAUCGCUUCAGCCAUCAUUUUCAUUGUUGCCAUUUGUAUCAUUUUGAGAAUAAGGAAGGCAAAGAACAGAAGGCCAUUAGAAAAGUUUGGAAGUAUUGCUCUCGGAGAUGGCACCAAUGAAAUUAGCAGUGUGGAGACAAUUCGAUUUGAUUUUGAUACUAUUAAAAUUGCAACAAAUGCCUUCUCAAGUGAAAACAAGCUAGGACAGGGUGGAUUUGGAGCUGUUUACAUGGGUAAGCUACCUAAUGGACAACAAAUUGCAGUGAAGAGGCUUGCACAUAAUUCACAACAAGGAGAUGUUGAAUUCAAAAAUGAAGUCCUUUUGGUAGUCAACCUUCAACAUCGGAACUUGGUUAGGCUAUUGGGAUUUUGCUUGCAUGGAAGCGAAAGACUUCUCAUAUAUGAGUUUGUACCAAAUGGCAGCCUUGACAACUUCAUAUUUGAUUUUGGGAAGCGAACUCUAUUAAUAUGGGAAAGACGAUUCAAAAUCAUAAAUGGCAUUGCACGAGGGCUUCUUUACCUUCAUGAAGAUUCUCGUCUUCGAAUCAUACAUCGUGAUCUCAAAGCUAGCAAUAUUUUGUUGGAUGAAGAAAUGAAUCCAAAGAUUGCAGAUUUUGGUUUGGCAAGAUUGUUUGAAGUAGAUGAAACUCAAGGCAAUACAAGUAGAAUUGUGGGAACUUACGGCUACAUGGCUCCAGAGUAUGUUAUACAUGGACAAUUUUCAGUGAAAUCAGAUGUUUUUAGCUUUGGCAUUUUGAUUCUUGAGAUUUUGAGUGGUCAGAAAAACAAUUGCUUUCGCAAUGGAGAAAACGUUGAAGAUCUCUCCAGCUUUGCUUGGAAAAAUUGGAGGGCUGGAACAAUUACAAAUGUCAUAGAUUCAACACUCUUGAUUGGUUCAAGAACUGAAAUGAUUAGAUGCAUUCACAUUGGACUAUUGUGUAUUCAAGAAAAUGUAGCAAAUCGGCCAACAAUGGCUUCGAUAUUUUUGAUGUUAAGUAGUUCUUCUCUCACUCUCCCUAUACCUUCUAAACCUCCAUUCUUCAGACAUAGUAAUAGCACCUAUGAAUCCAACACAAUGUUAAAGUUAGAUGGAACUAGUAAUUCUGGAAGUUCAACUCUUAAUGAUAUUUCAAUUACAAAGCUCCAUCCUCGUUAGAUUGUUCCCCAAGAAUACAGGAAACAUAUGCUAUUUCGAAAGUUGUUAUUUAUUUUGA